AUGGCUUCUGUAGACUGGCAGAAACUCAUCGAGGCCAAACUGGCAGAUCGUGAUUCGCGAAUCCGUCCGGAAUGGCGUCUUGACGAGCGAAUCACCAUGCAAGUCAACCACCAUUCGACCUUGAGCGCUUUUGAUCUUUUAGAUCAAACUACCUUUUUUACAGAGAGGGAGCGUGAGAUUACUGAGAAACACGAUGCAUCAACCCUUAUCCAAAUGAUGGCCACUGGCGCUAUCUCGUCGGUAGAGGUGACCACGGCGCUUUGCAAGCGGGCUGCUAUCGCACAGCAACUAACAAAUUGCUUGACGGAAAUUUUCUUUGACAACGCAUUACAACGAGCACAUGAGUGCGAUGAAUUCCUUGCGCGGGAGGGGAGGCCCAUGGGUCCACUCCAUGGAAUGCCGAUCAGCAUCAAGGAUACGCUCAUGGUUAAAGGCGAAGCCGCUACUUUGGGAUUUGUAUCUUAUCUGGUCAAGCCAGUGGCCGACGAGAAUUCUGUCUUAGUCAAUAUGUUGCUCGAGGCCGGAGCGGUGCUGUACUGCAAGACUAAUGUUCCCCAGACUCUUUUCAUGACCGAAGGCAUGAAUAAUGUGUUUGGUUAUACGAUGAAUCCUCACAAGCUGUGCCUUACUCCAGGAGGGAGCAGUUCGGGAGAAGGUGCCUUGGUGGGCUUCAGAGGAUCAUUGCUUGGUGUCGGUAGUGACAUUGGUGGCUCCAUUCGACUCCCGUCCAUCUGGUGCGGUGCCUUUGGGUUCAAGCCUACGGCUAAUCGCAUACCAUACAGCGGCCAGCAAGACCUGAUUCCGAAAGGAUCGCCUGGUGUAACUCCAGCUCUUGGACCGCACGCACAGAGCGCCAAGGACCUCACCCUUUUUUCAAAGACGAUCAUCCAAGCCCAGCCUUGGAAACGCGAUCCGGCGGCGCUUUGUAUCCCAUGGAGAGACAUUCCGACAAAGGACAAACUCAACAUCGGGGUUUGGGUUACUAAUCCCGACCUCCCAGUAUCUCUGCAAGUGACCCGAACUCUGCAUACUGCUGUGGCGGAUCUUGAAGCGGCUGGCCAUCAGAUAACGCCUAUUGAAUUUCCUUUAUCUCUGAUGCAAGUUGCCAAGACUUUCUUAAAAUCGACAAAACUUGACCCCAAUAACUCGAUAUUUAAACUCCUCGCAGAUGGCGGGGAGCAGCCGCUUCCUGCACUACUGAACACCGCUGCAAGUGUACCAACUGAACAACGCGAAUACACCCUGAAAGAUGUGUGGGACUUUAAUCGCGAACGAGACGAUUACCGAAAAGUUUGGCAUAAGGUAUGGGCAGAGAGUAACAUCGACGUUUUGCUAUGUCCUGCGGCUCGUUUUCCAGCUGUGGCUCACGGAAAAGUUGGGGCCCCAUGGCAUACGAUGGUUUGGAAUCUGCUGGAUUGCCCGGCAUCUGUGAUCCCGUUCUUGACGGCAGACAACGCCACUGACCCACAGAUCAUUGAGGGGUAUGAUCCGGAACUUUCGCAGGGAGCUCCAUGUGGCCUACAAGUUGUUGGAUGGACAGGUCAAGAUGAGGAGGUGUUGAUGGCAACAGAAGUGAUUUCUGAAGCGCUGGAAUCAGGAAGCGCGGCUCAUUUAUAG